AAUUAACAGAGGAAGGAUAGGCAAUACGACAAAUUAAACAGAACUGACUACUCCGCACAAAGCUUCCCCACCUUCUCUCUCCAAUUCAUAUGGACUAGAUUCUCUCUUUUAGCGUAGUGAAAUCAAAUCCACAAGCUUGUUUCUCUCAUUGCCCUGAAAUACAGCGGGGUCACACGCACCAACACUGAAUCACGUCGUAUCAAUAUCACUCAACAAUACUCAAUCUCUCAAUCUCUCACUCUUUCUCUUUCUCUUUCUCUGUGACCAUAGCACAACACGGUUCGACGAGAGAACCCUCCUCAGUUCUUCCUUGAAAAAUGAGCCAGUGUGUUCCCAGCUGGGAUGUCGACGACAACCCACCACCCCCAAGAGUUUCUCUUCGUUCCAACUCCAAUUCAACUGCCCCUGAUGUCCCCAUGUUAGACUACGAUGUUGCUGAACUUACAUGGGAAAAUGGACAGCUAUCUAUGCAUGGCUUAGGGUUACCGCGAGUGCCGUUGAAACCAUCCACGACGACCAAUAAUAAGUACACCUGGGAAAAGCCUCGUGCAAGUGGCACCUUAGAAUCCAUAGUGAACCAAGCCACUAGCUUACCCGAGAGGGGUAAAGAUGGUAGCGCCGCCGGUGCUAACACCGAAGGGGGUUACGGGAAUUUGUUAGUCCCAUGGUUCGACCCUCGCCGCGCAACAGCAGCCGCCGCCGCCGCGUCCAACAAUACCAUGACUAUGGACGCAUUGGUGCCCUGCUCGAACCGUUCGGAGGAGCAGAGCAACCAUGCCAUGGACUCCAACCCCAGAGGGGUUGGAACGUGCAUGGUGGAUUGCUCCACACGUGUGGGGUCGUGCUGUGGUAACCAUGGGGAAGGCGCGGUCCUUGCUGCCGCGAAGCGCGCCAAGGUUGCACACGUGCCGGUGGGUGGGCACGAGAUGAGUGGGAGGGAUCAGAGUGUGAGUGGCAGUGCCACCUUUGGGAGGGAUAGUAAGCACGUGACGCUUGACACGUGUGACAGGGAAUUUGACAUGGGUUUCACUUCCACUUCCAUUGGGUCGCUCGAAAACACCAGUUCCGCUAAGCAGUGCACCAAGACCACCACUGUUGACGAACACGAUUCUGUUUCCCAUAGCAAGCCCGUGAGGGAAGAUGGGGAUGAAGAAAAGAAAAAGAAAGGAAAUGAAAAAUCUUCGGUUUCCACUAAAAGGAGUAGAGCCGCAGCUAUACACAACCAAUCUGAAAGGAAAAGGAGGGAUAAGAUAAACCAAAGAAUGAAGACAUUGCAAAAGUUGGUCCCAAAUUCCAGCAAGACAGAUAAAGCUUCAAUGUUGGAUGAGGUGAUAGAAUAUCUGAAACAGUUGCAAGCACAAGUGCAGAUGAUGAAUAGAAUCAACAUGUCAUCCAUGAUACUGCCAUUGACCAUGCAACAACAGCUUCAAAUGUCAAUGAUGUCUCCAAUGGGGAUAGGGAUGGGGAUGGGGAUGGGGAUGGGAAUGGGGAUGGAUAUGAACUCCCUGAAUCGUGCAAACAUCCCUGGCAUCCCUCCCGUCCUCCACCCUUCUGCCUUCAUGCCUAUGCCUGCAUGGGAUGCCGCCGCCGGCGACCGACUUCAAGGGACUCCGGCCACUGUGAUGCCUGACCCUUUGUCCACUUUUUUUGGAUGCCAAUCACAGCCAAUGACGAUGGAUGCCUACAGUAGGAUUGCUGCAAUGUAUCAGCAGCUGCACCAACCUCACGGUUCUGGUUCUAAGAAUUGAGACGCUCAUUGCUCAGUGGUAUUUUUCCUUUGUGAUAGUGUGAGCUACAAACAAAAGGUGUCCAUAUUUAUUCUUCGUGAGAAAUAUGUAUAUUAGCUCAACUCAUGAGAACAAAAUAGCAGAAUACAUAUAUAGUGCUUUCUUAUUUCAGGUUAAUUAGCAACUUUUUAAGAUUAAUUAGGUGGCUUUCUUGGUAUUUACCUUCAUAUACAUGUAAGUUUAUGGAAUAUGCUACUUGUAUAUCAUGUUUCUUAUUUAAUUGAAUAACGACUUUGACCUGGUUAUUAUUAUUUUUUAAUAAAUUGCAUUUCC